GGGAAGUAACAGAACCUAUGAAAAUAGAGUUUGGAAAUUGGGAAAACUAACAUAAUCAUGAUUCAUUCAUAACAACAAAACCUAACAGAAUCUAUAGAAAAAAUAGUAACUGGUGCCAAAAUUUACUGUCCUUUUGUCAUGUUUUUACUGAUCUGCCAAAUCUAAUUCACCUACGUGUCAGUUGGUCACAGAUUUUGUGUUGUGAAACACGAGGCAAAAUUAAAACAAAAACAAACCAAAUCUCUCUCACACACUCUCUCUCUUGUAUUGGCAUCAGUCGGUUAUCACUUGGUCAAUUACCCUAAGGUUUAGGAAUACAUAAAAUAAUAUAAAAUAUUCUGGAUAUUUACGAGAUUUAAUACAAGAUUUAAUUUCAGAAAACAUAUUCUAUACUUUUUAUUUAAUAUGAGAUGAAAAGAAAUUAAAAUUUGGGUUUUGUUUUUGGGUUGGGUUUUUGCUGCUGCUAUAAUCGCUUGUUAUUUAAUCGUCCCUUUCUCUUUCUCGAGAUGGAACAAAACCCUAAGGUUUCUUGCAACAAGCCGCCACAUUGAUUUCCUCUCUCCUCUUUGUUUCUGUUUAUUGCACCUGUCUUGUUCUGUUUCUGUUUGAUUUAGUUCUGUUUCAGCUUCAGGGUUUAAUAAUUAGAGGUGGGUAGUGAUCAGUUUUGGAUUAUUGUUUGAUUAUCUAGAAUGUUGUCUGAGUUGGGAAGAAGACCUAUGAUUGGUAAUAAGGAGGGGCGUUAUGGUGAUGAAUUGGAGAAGGAAAUAGGGAUGUUGCUUCGCGAGCAACGAAGACAAGAAGGCGAUGAUCGCGAACGAGAGCUUAAUAUAUAUAGGAGUGGAUCAGCUCCUCCAACUGUGGAGGGUUCUUUGAAUGCUGUUGGAGGGUUGUUUGGUGGCGGUGGUGGUGGGGUUGGCGGUGGUGUUACGGCUGGUUUUUCUGAUUUUCAUGGGAAUAAAGAUGUGAAUGGGAUUGUUUCUGAGGAAGAGCUUAGGUCUGAUCCAGCUUAUCUUCAAUACUAUUAUUCCAAUGUGAAUUUGAAUCCUAGGCUUCCACCUCCUUUGUUGUCAAAAGAGGAUUGGAGGUAUCAACAGAGACUUAAAGGUGGAACAUCAGUUGUAGGUGGAAUUGGAGAUAGGAGGAAAGGUAACAUGACUGAUGAUAAUGGUGGUAGGUCAAUGUUUGCAACUCCGCCGGGUUUUAACUUUGGGAAGCAAGAAAGGAACGAGGUGGAAAAUGAAAAAACAAGAGGUUCCGCUGAAUGGGGCGGUGAUGGUUUAAUCGGUUUGCCUGGCUUGGGGCUUAGGACCAAACAGAAGAGCCUUGCUGAAAUUUUUCAGGAUGAUAUGGAGCGUAACACACCUGUCACAGGCUUUCCUUCUCGUCCAGCAAGUCGUAAUGCAUUUGAUGAAAAUGUUGAUAUCAUAAGUACUUCUGAAGCUGAGUUGUCUCAUGGAUCAUCUGCAACACAAAAUAUUGGUCUGCCAGCUUCAUAUUCUUAUGCUGCUGCACUUGGAGGAUCUUCAUUGUCAAGAAGCACUACUCCUGAUCCACAACAUAUUGCUAGGGCUCCUAGUCCGUGCCUCACACCUAUCGGUGGAGGAAGAAGUUCUGCUUCUGACAAGAGAGGCGUCGUCAGUCCGGAUGCAUUUAACGGUGUUUCAUCUGGCAAGAAUGAGUCGGCAGAUCUUUUGAAUGCGUUAGCAGGGAUGAACUUGUCAGCAGAUGAUGAAAACCAUUUGCCAUCACAGGUUGAAUCAGAUGUUGAUAAUCAUCAGAGGUACCUUUUUGGUAUGCAGGGUGGUCAAGAUCAUGGCAAGCAACAUCCAUAUCUAAAAAGAUCUGAAUCAGGGCAUAUGCAGAGUUCGCUUAAGAACAGUAGGAGUGGGUCAGACCUCAAUAAUCUAUCCCUGCAUAGGCAGGUUGAGCUACAAAACUCUACCGCUCCUGCGAAUAACUCGUAUUUCAAAGGAUCACCUACCUCACAUUUUAGUGGAGGUAAUUUGCCAGCUCAACAGUACCAGUCUCUAGAUGGUAUGAAUUCGUCAUUUUCUAACUAUGGACUAGGUGGUUAUGCCGGAAAUCCAGCACUGACAUCCUUGAUGACUAACCAAUAUGGCACCAGUAAUCUGCCACCCUUGUUUGAAAACGUUGCUGCAGCAUCAGCAAUGGCAUCCCCUGGAAUGGACUCGAGAAUUCUUGGAGCUGGUUUGGCUUCUGGAGGUGGUUCUCCUGAUGUGCAUAGUCUUGGUCGGAUGGGAAAUCAAAUUGCAGGUGGGGCUCUUCAGGCUCCGUUUGUUGAUCCGAUGUAUCUUCAAUACAUGAGGACAUCAGAGUAUGCUGCAGCACAACUUGCAGCUCUUAAUGACCCUUCUGUGGUGGACAGGAACUACUUAGGUAAUUCAUACAUGAAUUUACUUGAGCUUCAGAAAGCUUAUCUUGGAUCUGUCCUCUCACCUCAAAAGUCGCAAUACAACGUACCAUUGGGUGGUAAAUCAGGCAACUCCAAUCAUCAUGGUUAUUAUGGAAAUCAGGCAUAUGGUGUUGGGUUGUCUUAUCCAGGAAGUCCAAUGGCAAACUCUGGUUCUCCGGUUGGAUCUGGAAGUCCUAUUAGGCACAAUGAUCUGAACAACAUGCGGUUUGCUUCUGGAAUGAGGAACUUAGCUGGGGUCAUGGGACCUUGGCAUCUAGAUGCCGGGAACAUAGAUGAAAGCUUUGCAUCUUCUCUGUUGGAAGAGUUUAAAAGCAACAAAGCCAAGUGUUUUGAGCUUGCUGAAAUUGCCGGUCAUGUGGUUGAAUUCAGUGCUGAUCAAUAUGGAAGCCGAUUCAUUCAACAGAAGCUUGAAACAGCAACUACAGAAGAAAAAAACAUGGUUUAUCAGGAAAUCAUGCCACAUGCUCUUGCUUUGAUGACUGAUGUCUUUGGUAAUUAUGUGGUUCAGAAGUUUUUUGAGCAUGGGCUUGCUCCCCAGAGAAGAGAAUUAGCCAACAAGCUUAUUGGCCAUGUUCUGACACUUAGCCUUCAAAUGUAUGGUUGCCGGGUCAUCCAGAAGGCCAUUGAAGUUGUUGAUCUGGAUCAGAAAAUAGAGAUGGUUCAAGAGCUUGAUGGUAAUAUCAUGCGCUGUGUACGUGAUCAGAAUGGUAAUCAUGUCAUUCAGAAAUGUAUUGAAUGUGUCCCUGAAGAUGCAAUCGACUUUAUCAUUUCAACAUUUUUUGAUCAAGUUGUGACACUCUCAACCCAUCCAUAUGGCUGUCGUGUGAUUCAGAGAGUACUGGAGCACUGCGAAAGCGCUACAACACAGCAGAAAGUUAUGGAUGAGAUUUUAGUAGCUGUUAGCAUGUUAGCACAGGAUCAGUAUGGCAACUACGUUGUUCAGCAUGUACUGGAACAUGGAAAGCCUCACGAGCGUUCUACUAUAAUAAAGGAGUUAGCUGGGAGGAUAGUUCAAAUGAGUCAGCAAAAGUUUGCCUCCAAUGUUGUGGAGAAAUGCUUGACCUUCAGUGGUCCUUCAGAACGCCAAAUACUAGUCAGUGAGAUGCUUGGAACCACGGAUGAAAAUGAGCCUCUUCAGGCGAUGAUGAAAGAUCAGUUUGCAAACUAUGUUGUCCAAAAGGUGCUGGAAACAUGUGACGACCAUCAACGUGAGCUGAUUCUUUCACGAAUCAAGGUUCAUUUGAAUGCAUUAAAAAAGUACACCUAUGGAAAGCAUAUCGUCGCGCGUGUAGAGAAACUUGUUGCUGCUGGAGAGAGAAGAGUUGCUGCACAGACUCCUCAACCUGCUUAGGGGUGAUGUAGAGAAAAUAAUGUUCGUUUGUACAGCUAGCUAACUGAGCCUAGUGUGAGCUUCUUCAUCAAAAAACGAGUCUAUAUGUUUCCGGUAAUUGAAAAUAAAGUUGUUGAUUGUACUGCAAAAAUGUACAUUUGUAGCCUUUUAAGUUUAUACAUAGAAUUUCAAGCAAGACGAGGUUCAGAUGUUUAAUACACCAACGUGCCAUGCAGAGAAGAUGAAAAUAUGAUGACCAUAGAAGCCUUUUUUCGCGGUGUAAAGUUUAUAAAUUGGUGAGGUAGUUUACAACUUUUACGCACUGUACAAAAUGAUGCUAUGUGGAGAGCUUUUGACAGUUUUUUUUUUUAACGUGUACGGUUAUUAGACCUUUUAUCCUUUAUCAUUAGUAUAAAUUUUCUUGAAGGUUUAUUUCCCUUUUUCUCUUAUGAA